AUGGGUGAUCGAGAAGCUGAUGUCCCAGCCCCAAUUACUCGAGCGGAUCUGGACGCUCAAAACCAACAAAUCGACAACCUGACCAACCAAUUUGGGGAGAUGCGAGAAUUGUUGUUGCAAGCUCUUGGUGGCAACAAUAGAAGGGGUGGCAGAGAUGACGAAAGAAGAGAAGGCAGAGAUGAUAAUCGAAGAGAAGGUAGAGAUGACGAGAGAAGAGAUAAUAGGAGGCAACUUAUUCCGGAUAGUGAGUCAGAGUUAGAAGAAGAACCUGAGGAACCACCACCACCGGCUAAUAAUCCUCGUAAUCUUAAUUACGAAAAUUUUGGCGAUUAUCGGAUUAAAGCCGAAAUCCCUAACUUUUGGGGAAAUUUGAAGAUUGAAGACUUCUUGGAUUGGCUUGUAGAAGUGGAGAGGUUUUUCGAUAUUAUGGAGGUUCCUGAGCAUAAAAUGGUGAAGAUGGUAGCUUUCUGUCUAAAAGCUACAUCGGCUGUAUGGUGGGAUCAAUUGCAAAAUUCACGGCAGAGACAAGGAAAGCAGCGGGUUCGUGCAUGGCGGAAGAUGAAGCCGCUUAUGAUGGAACGAUUCUUGCCCAUAGAUUAUGAGCAGAUUCUAUACCAUAUGUAUCUAGGUUGUGCGCAAGGCAACCGUUCGGUUUCUGAAUAUACCGAAGAAUUCAUGCGUUUGGCAGAGCGAAACCAUUUGACCGAGACUGACAAUCAAAAGGUCGCGAGGUAUAACAAUGGGCUGAAGAUUUCCAUCCAAGAAAAAAUUGGUAUGCUGAAUAUAUGGACUUUGCAGGAGGCGAUUAACAUGGCGUUGAAAGCUGAACUGUUGGAGAAGGAGAAGCGCCAAACCAACUUCCGCAGGAACACGAUAGAAGCCUCUGAAUAUGCUACUGGUGCUUCUAGUGGCUCAGGAGAUAAGGGGAAAGUGCAGCAGCAGAAUCCUGGAGGAUCGCCAAAACCAACAACAGUUGUCCAAAACAAAAACUUCAACAAAGGCAGCAAUCGGACUUUCAACAGAGGGCAGUCCCGACACCAAUCCCAGAAUCCGUAUGCUAAGCCCAUGACGGACAUAUGUUACCGUUGCCAAAAACCAGGGCAUCGUUCUAAUGUUUGUCCAGAGCGGAGGCAGGCUAACUUUAUCGAAGAAGUUGAUGAUGAUGAGGAAAGAGAUAGAGUUCUUUUGGCACCAAAGAAGGAAGGGCAGCGUCAUAGUAUUUUUCGUUCCCUUUGCUCAAUCAAAAACAAGCUAUCAACGGAGCCACAUGUCAGCCCUUACUCACUAGGUUGGGUUACAAAAGGCCCUUCGAUUCGUGUUGCUGAGACUUGCCAUGUGCCACUGUCCAUUGGGCGACCUUGGCAAUUUGAUGUGGAUGCGACUUUCAAGGGACGAGAUAAUGUAAUUCUGUUUUCUUGGAACAACCGCAAAAUUGCAAUGGCAACUACAAAGCCCUCAAAACAAUCUGUUGAGCCCAAGACGAGGAGUUCUAGUUUCUUAACCUUAAUUAGCAGCGAGCAGGAGUUGAACGAGGCUGUCAAAGAAGCGGAGUAUUUUUGUCCCUUGGAACUACUUUCCGAAAAGCUACCAAACGAGCUGCCACCUAUGCGGGACAUACAACACCGAAUUGACUUGGUGCCUGGGGCUAGCCUUCCGAAUCUGCCUCAUUAUCGGAUGAGCCCCAAGGAGAAUGACAUCCUAAGAGAGCAGAUUGAAGAAUUACUGCAUAAGGGAUUUAUCAGGGAGAGCUUGAGUCCCUGCGCAGUUCCAGUUUUGUUGGUUCCAAAGAAAGACAAAACUUGGCGAAUGUGUGUUGAUAGCCGAGCAAUCAACAAGAUAACAGUCAAGUACAGGUUUCCCAUUCCACGGUUGGAGGAUAUGCUGGAUGUUCUUGGCGGCUCAAGGGUGUUUUCCAAGAUAGAUUUGCGAAGUGGUUACCACCAGAUUCGCAUCAGACUUGGCAACGAAUGGAAAACAGCGUUCAAGAACAAGGACGGAUUAUUUGAAUGGUUGGUGAUGCCAUUCGGAUUGUCAAAUGCGCCUAGCACUUUCAUGAGACUCAUGAAUCAGUACCACAAAAGAAGAACAUCUCGUGCAUUUAAGACAAGUUUUAGAUGUUUUGAGAGAAAACAAGCUGUAGAUGACGAGAAGAUCAAGGCAAUCCUUGACUGGUCAGCUCCAAAGACAAUCUCUGAAGUUCGAAGUUUCCAUGGUUUGGUCACCUUUUACAGAAGAUUUGUGAGGCAUUUCAGCUCCAUUGCUGCACCCAUCACAGAGUGUUUGAAGAAGGGCUGGUUCAGCUGGGGAGAGGAGCAAGAGAGAAGCUUUGCAGAUAUAAAAGAAAAGCUUUGCACCGCGCCGGUUCUAGCUCUUCCAAACUUUGAGAAAGUAUUCGAAGUUGAAUGUGAUGCCAGCGGCAUGGGAGUUGGAGCUGUGCUUUCACAAGACAAGCGGCCAGUUGAGUUCUUUUCUAAAAAGCUGAGCAAUGCACGUCAAAAGUGGAGUACUUAUGACCAAGAGUUCUAUGCGGUUGUUCGAGCUUUGAAGCAAUGGGAGCACUAUCUUAUCCAAAAGGAAUUUGUUUUGUUUACAGAUCAUCAAGCGUUGAAGUAUAUUAACAGCCAGAAAAAUAUUGAUAAAAUGCAUGCUAGAUGGGUGACUUUUUUGCAGAAAUUCUCAUUCGUUAUCAAGCAUACUUCCGGCAAGACAAAUCGUGUGGCGGACGCUUUGAGUAGAAGAGCUUCAUUGUUAGUCACGUUGACUCAAGAAGUUGUGGGGUUUGAAUGUCUGAAGGAAUUAUAUGAAGGUGACGAAGAUUUCCAGGAAAUUUGGACUAAGUGCAUCAAUCAUGAGCCAAUGGCAGAAUACUUUCUUAAUGAAGGUUAUUUGUUCAAAGGCAACCAGUUGUGUAUUCCAGUUUCCUCUUUAAAGGAGAAGCUUACUCGGGACUUGUAUGGUGGAGGGUUGAGUGGCCACCUAGGCCGUGAUAAAACAAUUGCAGGGAUGGAGGAGAGAUUUUACUGGCCACAGCUCAAACGAGAUGUUGGAACUAUUGUGCGCAAGUGCUAUAUUUGUCAAACUUCGAAGGGGUAG